AUGCGCGAGCUCGUGCACGUCCAGGGCGGCCAGUGCGGAAAUCAGAUUGGUGCCAAGUUUUGGGAAGUCAUUGCGGAUGAACACGGCAUUGACCCAACUGGAACAUACCAUGGAGACUCUGACCUGCAGCUCGAGCGCAUCAACGUUUACUUCAACGAGGCAACAGGUGGCCGCUAUGUGCCACGUGCUGUUCUGAUGGACCUCGAGCCAGGCACCAUGGAUAGCGUUCGUGCCGGACCUUUCGGCCAACUGUUCCGCCCGGACAACUUCGUGUUCGGGCAGACAGGUGCUGGAAAUAAUUGGGCGAAGGGUCACUAUACGGAAGGCGCUGAGUUGAUUGACUCUGUGCUGGAUGUGGUCCGAAAAGAAGCUGAGGGUUGUGAUUGCUUACAGGGAUUCCAACUUUGCCACUCUCUUGGCGGCGGCACUGGCGCUGGCAUGGGAACAUUGUUGAUCUCCAAAGUGCGCGAAGAAUAUCCAGAUCGCAUCAUGGAAACAUUUUCCGUGAUUCCAUCUCCAAAGGUGUCCGACACAGUGGUGGAACCAUACAAUGCAGUGUUGAGCUUCCACCAGCUGGUGGAGAACUCCGAUGAGUCCUUCUUGUUGGACAACGAAGCUUUGUACGAUAUUUGUUUCCGCACGUUGAAACUGACUACCCCAACUUACGGUGACCUGAACCAUUUGGUGUCUGCGGCAAUGAGCGGUGUGACCUGCUGCUUGCGCUUCCCUGGACAGCUGAACUGCGACUUGCGCAAGAUUGCAGUGAACUUGGUGCCGUUCCCACGUCUGCACUUCUUCAUGACAGGCUUCGCACCAUUGACUUCUCGCGGUUCGCAGCAGUAUCGUGCACUGACAGCAUCCGUGUGCGAUAUCCCGCCAAAGGGCUUGAAGAUGGCCGUUGCCUUUGCAGGCAACUCUACUGCCAUUCAAGAAAUGUUCAAGAGGGAGCGCAUCAACGUUUACUUCAACGAGGCAACAGGUGGCCGCUAUGUGCCACGUGCUGUUCUGAUGGACCUCGAGCCAGGCACCAUGGAUAGCGUUCGUGCCGGACCUUUCGGCCAACUGUUCCGCCCGGACAACUUCGUGUUCGGGCAGACAGGUGCUGGAAAUAAUUGGGCGAAGGGUCACUAUACGGAAGGCGCUGAGUUGAUUGACUCUGUGCUGGAUGUGGUCCGAAAAGAAGCUGAGGGUUGUGAUUGCUUACAGGGAUUCCAACUUUGCCACUCUCUUGGCGGCGGCACUGGCGCUGGCAUGGGAACAUUGUUGAUCUCCAAAGUGCGCGAAGAAUAUCCAGAUCGCAUCAUGGAAACAUUUUCCGUGAUUCCAUCUCCAAAGGUGUCCGACACAGUGGUGGAACCAUACAAUGCAGUGUUGAGCUUCCACCAGCUGGUGGAGAACUCCGAUGAGUCCUUCUUGUUGGACAACGAAGCUUUGUACGAUAUUUGUUUCCGCACGUUGAAACUGACUACCCCAACUUACGGUGACCUGAACCAUUUGGUGUCUGCGGCAAUGAGCGGUGUGACCUGCUGCUUGCGCUUCCCUGGACAGCUGAACUGCGACUUGCGCAAGAUUGCAGUGAACUUGGUGCCGUUCCCACGUCUGCACUUCUUCAUGACAGGCUUCGCACCAUUGACUUCUCGCGGUUCGCAGCAGUAUCGUGCACUGACAGAAGUGGACGAACAGAUGCUGAAUGUUCAGAAUAAGAACUCGUCUUACUUUGUUGAGUGGAUCCCCAACAACAUCAAGGCAUCCGUGUGCGAUAUCCCGCCAAAGGGCUUGAAGAUGGCCGUUGCCUUUGCAGGCAACUCUACUGCCAUUCAAGAAAUGUUCAAGAGGGUGGCGGAGUACUUCACUGCCAUGUUCCGCCGCAAGGCCUUCUUGCAUUGGUACACUGGUGAAGGUAUGGAUGAAAUGGAGUUCACUGAAGCAGAGUCCAACAUGAAUGAUUUGGUCUCUGAGUACCAGCAGUACCAGGAUGCUACUGCUGAAGAAGAGGGUGUAGAUCGUUGGCUUUGCAGAAAUUGUCCAGCGAGCUGUGGCCUCUCAAACAGUGGUCGUUUUCGAACUGUGCAAUGCUUGGGUGACCAGGGCGGCCAGUGCGGAAAUCAGAUUGGUGCCAAGUUCUGGGAAGUCAUUGCGGAUGAACACGGCAUUGACCCAACUGGAACAUACCAUGGAGACUCUGACCUGCAGCUCGAGCGCAUCAACGUUUACUUCAACGAGGCAACAGGUGGCCGCUAUGUGCCACGUGCUGUUCUGAUGGACCUCGAGCCAGGCACCAUGGAUAGCGUUCGUGCCGGACCUUUCGGCCAACUGUUCCGCCCGGACAACUUCGUGUUCGGGCAGACAGGUGCUGGAAAUAAUUGGGCGAAGGGUCACUAUACGGAAGGCGCUGAGUUGAUUGACUCUGUGCUGGAUGUGGUCCGAAAAGAAGCUGAGGGUUGUGAUUGCUUACAGGGAUUCCAACUUUGCCACUCUCUUGGCGGCGGCACUGGCGCUGGCAUGGGAACAUUGUUGAUCUCCAAAGUGCGCGAAGAAUAUCCAGAUCGCAUCAUGGAAACAUUUUCCGUGAUUCCAUCUCCAAAGGUGUCCGACACAGUGGUGGAACCAUACAAUGCAGUGUUGAGCUUCCACCAGCUGGUGGAGAACUCCGAUGAGUCCUUCUUGUUGGACAACGAAGCUUUGUACGAUAUUUGUUUCCGCACGUUGAAACUGACUACCCCAACUUACGGUGACCUGAACCAUUUGGUGUCUGCGGCAAUGAGCGGUGUGACCUGCUGCUUGCGCUUCCCUGGACAGCUGAACUGCGACUUGCGCAAGAUUGCAGUGAACUUGGUGCCGUUCCCACGUCUGCACUUCUUCAUGACAGGCUUCGCACCAUUGACUUCUCGCGGUUCGCAGCAGUAUCGUGCACUGACAGUGCCAGAGUUGACGCAGCAGAUGUUUGAUGCCAAGAACAUGAUGUGCGCAGCUGAUCCUCGCCAUGGCCGCUACUUGACUGCGGCAGCCCUCUUCCGUGGACGUAUGUCGACCAAGGAAGUGGACGAACAGAUGCUGAAUGUUCAGAAUAAGAACUCGUCUUACUUUGUUGAGUGGAUCCCCAACAACAUCAAGGCAUCCGUGUGCGAUAUCCCGCCAAAGGGCUUGAAGAUGGCCGUUGCCUUUGCAGGCAACUCUACUGCCACUCAAGAAAUGUUCAAGAGGGUGGCGGAGUACUUCACUGCCAUGUUCCGCCGCAAGGCCUUCUUGCAUUGGUACACUGGUGAAGGUAUGGAUGAAAUGGAGUUCACUGAAGCAGAGUCCAACAUGAAUGAUUUGGUCUCUGAGUACCAGCAGUACCAGGACGCUACUGCUGAAGAAGAGGGUGAAUUCGAUGAGGAAGAGGGGGAAUACGAUGGAUGAGCCAGGACCUAAAGUUGGACUUGG